CUUCGUCUUCGUUUCCCCCGUUCCCUCCGCUGCUGCUCUCUCCGCCCAGCCUCACCCUUCACGCUCCCAACGCAGUGCUGCCUCUCCUCACCCACGCCCCAACCCUCCCCUGUGCUGUUUGCCCUUGCGCUGCCUCUCUUUACACACCCUCUAUCUAUUUAUUCGACGGGGUUCCCGUCCAAGUUGCUGUUCCGGUUGGCUGGUUUCAGCGAGGGGGCGCUCGUUGCUCAGUAUCGCCCGAUCCGUCAACGUAUAACUACACCUCUCCCGCACUCCUGCGCGCCCCGCCUCCCACCGUCGGCCUCCACGCCGAGCAUUCGUCGGUCAGGAUCGUCUGAUCUGACUUGAGGCCACUGCACGUCUCUACCUCCUAUUAGAUGGCAAGCCAUCAACACCCAUCGCCUACUACAGGCAUGCCUCCGCAUCAUGGCCCGCCAGGCCACGCGCAGCCCAACGGUCAUGGCCCAAUGCAAGGCCAGGCACCCAAGACUGCGUCGGAUUACCUGCGCAACCUCAACGAGUCGGUCUGGGUGCAAAUAGGCUCGUUGUCCGAGCAGAUGCACGAUCUCGACGGCGCCAUUGGAUGCUACGAGCACGCGCUUCGACACAAUAGCUGGUCAGUGCCGGCCAUGAGUGGAAUCGCCGGCAUUCUGCGAACAAAGGACCAGUUUCCAGCUGCUGUCGAGUACUUGCGCACAAUUCUCAAAGUCGAGUCCACUAACGGCGAAAUUUGGGGGAGCCUCGGCCACUGUUAUCUCAUGAUGGAUGACCUGCAGCAAGCCUACUCGGCAUAUCAGCAGGCGCUCUACCAUUUGAAUGAUCCAAAGGAACCGAAAUUGUGGUACGGGAUUGGCAUUCUGUACGAUCGGUAUGGCUCGCUCGAGCAUGCCGAAGAAGCCUUCUCUCAAGUCAUGCGUAUGGAGCCAAACUUCGAAAAGGCAAACGAGAUCUAUUUCCGUCUCGGGAUAAUUUAUAAACAACAACAGAAAUUCCAACAAAGCUUAGAGUGCUUCCAGUACAUUGUCACGAACCCCCCACGGCCUUUGACCGAGGAGGAUAUUUGGUUUCAGAUCGGACACGUAUAUGAACAACAGAAAGACUACGAUUCCGCAAAGGAAGCCUAUCGAAGAGUUCUUGAUCGUGACCCAGCUCAUGCGAAGGUCCUCCAGCAGCUUGGCUGGCUGCAUCAUCAACAGAGCACAAACUACAGCAGCCAGGAGCAAGCAAUUGAGUACCUCGAGAAAUCAGUCAACUCCGACCAGAACGAUGCACAGAGCUGGUACCUGCUAGGCCGCUGUUACAUGUCGCAGCAGAAGUACCCAAAGGCGUACGAGGCCUACCAGCAGGCGGUCUACCGCGACGGGAGAAACCCGACGUUCUGGUGCUCAAUCGGAGUGCUGUAUUAUCAAAUUAACCAGUACCGAGAUGCGCUUGACGCAUACUCCCGCGCGAUCCGUCUGAACCCGAAUAUAUCUGAGGUGUGGUAUGACCUUGGCACUCUGUACGAAUCUUGCAACAAUCAGACUGCCGAUGCGCUUGACGCUUACCAGCGUGCCGCUGACCUUGACCCUACGAACGUGCAUAUCAAAGCGCGCUUGCAGCUUUUGCAGAGCGGCCAAGCCACAAAUGGCGUCCCAAAUCAGAACAGCCAGCCGAUCCCACAAGACGUCCAUCCCCAGGCUUACCAACCCGCGUCCGUUAACGGGCCGCCGGGAGUACAAUGGGGUGCACCGGCUCCUACACAGCCACCCCAAGGACCUCCACCUGCGUUGGCCGGAGGCGAGUGGACUCGUCCACUUGCUCAGAUCCGCGAUCCCCAGCUGCCUCCCCAGCAGCUCAACCCGUACGACCACCGAGACGGCAUCCGUCCUUCCAAUCAGCAUGGACCUCGACCCGUCAGCCCUAGACAGGAGCCGUUGAGGCAAUAUCAGGAGCCUCCGCGCCCUAACCCACCUGCGCCUCCCCGCCGCGGAUUGUCUCCCUCGCCAAAGACACACAGUGUUGCACCAAGCUUGUACCAUGGCCCGCCUCAAAUGCCACCCCAAGGACCUCCUACGCAGUCCCAGCUCCAGCAGCAUCAACCACCGAAUCGUAUCUCGAAUCCAAACUACGGGCCACAUGCUCAGAAUAGCGUGCCACCUCCACCGCCUCCACCACCCACCAAUCUCAACGGUCCUCCUGCGCUAGCUCCUUUGCCACCGUAUGGUCGCCUGAAUAGUCCUCCCCCGGAAGUACGACCCAUUGUUGAGAAUCGACCCCCAUCGGCAGGCGGCAAUUACCCACCGCAACCAUACCAGCAUCACGCCAACCCAUCUUCAGGAGGCGGGAUUGCAAGCGGCGCGCCUGCUCCGGCAUCUGCUCUUGCGGCAGCCGAGGCCGCGGCCCGUGACCGGUCUGAUCGAACUCCCACUGUUCCUCCUAAGAGGCUCAGAGAUUGGGAGGAUGAGAGCCCCCUCAACCAGAAGCCUCCGUCUAAUGAUGAGAAACGCCAAAGGAUGGAAGAGCCCCAUAGCAGACGCCCGUCACCUCCGCAACAUAGAAUGUCAUCUCCUCCGAGACACAGUCCCCAAGACAACCCCGAUAUGCGUCGGAUGAAUGACGGCUAUCAUCCUUCGGAGGCUGCACAUCACCCAACGUCCCUUCCUUCCAUCAACGCCACGCAACCAAUGCCCCAACCAAUGCCUCGUAUGACAGAGACUCCAAAACAAGAACGACCAGAGCAUCAUGAGCCGGCGGCGCGUCAGAUGGAAGUAGAUGAAGACUAUAGCGAUGGAGCUGAGGAUGAGAAGCGUAACGUUCCAACCAAGUUGGAAAGAGAGAGCCCGCGUGCUGCCACCAACGGAGUGUCGCAUGCUCCUACGACGACUGAGUAAAAUGCAUUGACUGAUUAUUUGUCUAGCACAGGUUGUUUGUGCUCAAGAUGCGGCUUCUGGUUUGACGGCGUUCAAGCAAGCCUACACUCAUUGCAACGUCAUACGAAGAAGCUUGCUGCUGGCGGGCCUUUUUGACAUUUUAGUCUUCCCUCUUUUGCAUAUCUGAUUUUUCACUACCCCUCAUGCCUCCUUGGGCCACGUUUGAUGACUUGCCGGGCGGAAGCAUGCUGCUGUUGUUGGGUGAUGGCUAGGUGGUUUUUGUCGGUUCUGCUAUUAUUCUGUCACAAAAUGAUAUCCGCCCCACUUCCUUUUCUGACUCCUAAAGUAGUACCAGAGUAAACGAAUGUGC